ACGGCUGAUGGGCCCAUGGCGCAGCGGCCAGCGCGCAGUGCGCCCGCGACGGUGAAAGGUGCUAUGUCGCGACUACACGGAGGGAACGCUCUGCGGAUCGCCAUGGCCGGCGUGCCGAUUAUGCGAAUAUUAGUUGUACUUACUAUUUUCGUGAACGUAAACUGUCAACAAAAAGAAAAGGAGGACUUUAUUUGCCCUGAAGGCACGACAGGCAACGGUAAUUUCGCAGAUCCAGCUACCUGCCGACGUUUUUAUCAAUGCGUGGACGGAUACCCAUACUUGAACAGAUGCCCUUCUGGGUUGUAUUUCGACGACAUUAGCAAGUUCUGCACAUUCAAAGUGGAGGCAAGAUGCGGUCCCAUUGCUACGACUCCAGCCCCUAUAACAGAGGCUCCCCUGGACUUGGCAACCAAGUGCGAUCCGUCUAAGUGCGAGUUGCCGCAGUGCUUCUGCUCCAAAGACGGAACUCUGAUUCCCGGAGGCUUAGACCUUGAAGAAACUCCCCAAAUGAUAAUGCUGACGUUCGACGGCGCCGUCAAUUUGAACAACUUCGAACUGUACAAGAAAGUUUUCAACGGCAUAAAGAACCCAAAUGGCUGCCCUAUUCGAGGGACGUACUUCCUAUCUCACGAGUACAGCAACUACGCAAUGGUCCAGGCUUUAGCUCACGAAGGACAUGAAAUCGCCACGGGCACCAUAUCACAGCAGCAGGGGCUGCAGGACAAGGGCUACGAGGAGUGGGCGGGCGAGAUGAUCGGCAUGCGCGAGAUCCUGAACAAGUUCGCCAACAUCUCCCGUGGUGACGUCAUCGGCGCGCGCGCGCCCUUCCUCAAGCCCGGCAGGAACACGCAGUUCAAGGUUUUAGAAGACUUUGGGUUCGUGUACGACAGCUCGGUCGGCGUGCCACCGUCGCCUGUGCCGGUGUGGCCUUACACACUCGACUACAAGAUUCCGCACGAGUGCAAGUCCGGAACCUGCCCCACUAAGACUUUCCCUGGGCUGUGGGAGAUCCCGUUCAACGCCCACUACGUGGCAUCGUUUGAGGGCGGGCACUGCCCAUAUUUGGAUCAAUGCGUACUCCACAACCACGACUCUGAAGAUGUACUAGAAUGGCUACAAGAAGAUUUUAACAGACACUACGAACAGAACCGAGCACCGUACAUGAUGCCUUUCCAUACCAAUUGGUUCCAAAUUAAGGCAUUAGAGCAAGGAUUACAUAAGUUUCUUCAGUGGGCUAAUAAACUUCCCGAUGUAUGGUUCCUAACGAUGACGCAAGCACUCACCUGGAUAACGGACCCACAAACCAACAAGCAGAUGAACAACAAGUACGAGGCGUGGGGAUGCGACAAGGAGCUGCCGCGAGCGCCCUGCAACCUGCCCAACAAGUGCGCGCUGUCGUUCAAGCCCCCAGACCUUAACUUCACAGACACCCGCUACAUGGAGACCUGCACCGAAUGUCCUAACCAGUACCCGUGGUUGGGAGACUCCGGCGGCACGGGCAUUCCAGGCAAAGACAAUUAUUUGCCCGACAAUUUCGAGAGGAAAUAAUGUGUGAACUAGUCGUACAGCAGGUUGUAUGAAAGUCCGCUAUGUUUAGCGAACUUUUGUGUAGUCUGGCAUUAUGUAUAUACAAGUAACA